AUGAAAGGACAGGUCCAGUUGCUACGCACUGAGGUCAACCUCAACCCACCCACCCAUUAUACCACAACCAACAACAUAUCAUCACCUCUGACCUCCAUUGAGCUUGUCCAAGUGCCCCCGACCAUCUACCUCCCCACAGCCGCCCCCUCAAUGCCUGAGCCCAACACCUUCCCCCCCUCCCCUCUCUUCCUCCUCACCCCCGACCCUUUCUUCAAUGGAUCCUACCACAACUGGAGCAACCCUGGCGGCGGAGGCGUGGGGGGUUUCCAACUCACUAUAGCAGGGGUCCUUAUCCCCCUCAUCUAUGUAGCAGUCUGUGUGAUCGGCCUGGUGGGCAACACAUUGGUCAUCUACAUUGUUUUACACUAUGUGAGGACGGAGUCGGUCACUAACAUCUAUAUACUCAACCUGGCCAUCGCUGAUGAGCUAUUCAUGCUGGGCCUCCCCUUCCUGGCGGUCCAGAACGCUCUGCUCUCCUGGCCGUUUGGUUCUCUCAUGUGCCGUGUGGUCAUGACUGUGGACGCCAUCAACCAGUUCACCGCCAUCUUCUGUCUCACGGUGAUGUCCAUCGACCGCUACCUCGCAGUGGUCCAUCCCAUACGGUCGUCGUGGUGGAGGCGACCGCACGUGGCCAAGGCGGUGAACGUGGCGGUGUGGGCGGUGUCGUUUGUGGUGGUGCUGCCCGUGGUGGUGUUCGCGGACGUACUGGAGGAUGAUGGGAACUGUAGUAUCGUGUGGCCUGAGCCAGCCGAGGUCUGGAAGGCAUCGUUCAUCCUGUACACGUGCACGGUCGGGUUCUUCGGACCGCUACUCGUCAUCUGUCUCUGCUACCUGCUCAUUGUGAUCAAGGUGCGCAACGCGGGUAAACGGGCCCGGUCCACCUCCUCCCGACGCAGGAAGUCCGAACGCAAGAUCACCCGCAUGGUGGUUGUCGUGGUAGCAGUGUUCGUGUUGUGCUGGCUCCCAUUCUACAUCCUCAACAUCGUUAACCUGCUAAUCCUGUUACCGGGCGAAUUCCGGGGGCUGUACUACUUUGUGGUGGUCCUAUCGUACGCUAAUAGCUGCGCUAACCCAAUCAUUUACGGAUUCCUGUCCGAUAAUUUUAAGAGAGGGUUCCGGAAGGCUCUUUGUCGUUCUUCGAGGAAGGUGGAGAACCACGAGAGGGCGGCAGCCACCGAGCUGCAGCGCCCUGCAGAGCUCUGGAGGGAAAUUGUGCCCGAGCCGCGAGAUGGCCUGGGGGUCACCAAGUCUCAUGAAGGAGGGGAGGAAGAAGUGGAGGAGGAAGAGGAGAACGGGAUAGAGAUGGAGAGAAGAGAAGACGCCACUCAGAUGAGAGAGAACUGCAGGAUUGCACAGAACGGGAACGGAGGAGGACAAGUUGAGAGCUCCAGGAUCUUGUUAACUCCGGGGGGAAAGGUGGAGACGGUACCCCUGGGGCAGAGGGCUAAAGCUGGGGAGGAGGCUGGGAAAGGCCCAGGCUUAGAAUUGGGGCCUACUGCCGCUGUCUCCACUCUUGCCAAUGGAUCAAAGAGUGAAAGUAACAGGUCACGUCCAGAGACAGUGGAGAAGAGCACCAAGCUAGAGAUCAGCUACCUGUAACUCAUAAAUAAGCUUUUCCCCAAUGUCCAUACUAGUAUACCACUGAUACGGACACGUCUUGCUGAGACUGAGGCUGUCCUUAUAUGGACACUGUACAGUGUAUAGAAUGAGGGUGAAGCUGCCCCUAGAGAUGCUGGUCUUGGGUCAGUUUAGCAUUUUCUCCACUCAUGGUUAAGGGUUGGGGAAGCUGAUCCUAGAUCUGUACCGAGGGGAAACUUUACCCAGGAGCUGGAUUGCAUGUCCGGUACAGUGACUCAUUCUAAGUAGUGAGCUACUGUGUCGAUUGGAACAGAGAUAUAUGGAUUGAAUGUAGCGACAUUGACCCAACACCAAGCAACCUUGUUAAGAGGUUUGGAGCUCUUAGGGUAACAAUUAAGGUGUUGGCUUGACAGUCACUGGACCUGGGUUCAAACCCCAGUUGGGGCUACCCCCCUAGUUCGCUAAUGUAUCAUUUAAAUUUACACUUUUGAGUAUCAACUGUGAACUUACAAUGAUACCAACUGCUUUGCCUCAAAUUCCAAGCUUUUUGGCCAAAAAUUGAUGAUCAGUUAUUUUAUUGGACUGAGCAUUUGCAAAUCUUUACAGAACAAUUUCAGUAUUACGUUUAGUGCGCAAUGUAAAAAUGUACAGAAAUGUUUGAGAAUCAUAAUACAGUUUUGAAUAGGCUAUUCAGAAAUGCACACAAGGAGAAAAACACAUACUAUAUUGUCAGUAUUUGAAUGAUGUAUCUAUGUUACAGUUU